AUGGAUGACAAUCUCAAAGCAGGAGGGCCGCUCUUGUUGCUUGAGGACGCCCGUGAGAAUCCCGUUGUCGGUGAUGAGCCAUUGCCAAAAACUAUUCCUAUAGUUGAACCUGCCUCCAUAUCUAGGUGCUGCAUUGAGAAGGGCCUAGCGCAGGUUCUGGAUGCCAUCUUCCUUUCCAAACUGUGGGAUAUCCAUACUGAAGCGAAGAUGCUUCGUCAUGUGGUCCGGAGGUGGAGCGCUGCUACCCAUACCUUUGUAUGCUCAUGGGGAGAAUUUACGCCUACCCUUGAAGAUGUGGCGAAUAUCUCCCGCCUUCCAAUUUGCGACGACCGGAGUCCUUUCGAUAUUGCCCUCACCCUGGAAGAGGUAGACAAGCUUGCGAUUUUGCGGAGAGGCGCUCCUACUUCUCCCAGCACCUCUCUUCGGUUCAGUAACUGGAUACAGUAUUUUGGUGAUACAAACAGACAAGGACCUUGCCGGUUGGCUACAUUUAUAGCUUUGUGGCUUGGCUCGAGGCGAUACCAUCCCCCUAGCCCCCAUGUAUUUUUAUGGGAGCGUUUUAGAGGAUUGGAGGUACACUCACUCCCUCACUCGCAUGCUAUGAAGAUGGCUGAUUGGGGCAGGGGUUCUUAUAUGCCGGAAAGUCUUCCCUUAGUCUGCAGAUGGUUUAAGCUAAUGCAAAGGAAAGGUCAGGACUUUCUGAAGCUAUUGGAUAACGUUGAGAACUUUGUCUUUCGCCUUUACAGCACCUCGGCAGAGACCUUCACCUUCGUGCCCUUUUAUGCUGAUGUUAGUGACACCGUUGAGGUUCCAGCGGCCAUGUUGCAAAGCAGCCAGUUCAAAAAGUAUGCCAUGUUGAACGUCGCUCCUAUUCCACUGCCUACUCUUGGAGACAGUCGCUCGGAGAUUUCUGUACCUUACUCACCUCAUCGGGUUAGGCGGCAGUUUGGGCUUGAUCAAGGAGUACCAAGCAGUCUUAACCAUGCUGACCCCUUCGUGCUGCACAGAGUCUUCUGGAGCAAUGACCCUAUACCAAACUGUUGUAGGCCCCUUGUUUUAGCUAGCAAGAGGAGGAUUGGCGGCUUCUCCCGAGGUUACCAAGCUUACUGGAACCGCUGCCUCGCCUCCUUGCGUGAAUUUCAAUCUUUUCCUGGAGAUAGAUUGCCUCUUACAACAGCUCAUCUUGCCGGCUUGGUGUUGGAAGAGAAAGCCAUCCCUCUAAGCCAAAAACGCAAUUUGCCUUUUAUUUCCAAGAGCGGUGAUAUUGUUGGAGAAUUUCCUAAGACAAAGCCAAAGCUGGGAGUACAGAGUCCUUGUGGUUUCGGGAAAAAUGCAACACCAGUGUCAGGUAAAAGGAAGCGAGAGGAGGAGCAGAAUGUGAAGGAGAAGCAGACUGCCCGUAAACCCAAAAGGUUUAUUCCAAAGGUAGCCCCAAGUGGCCCUCCUCGAACCAAAGAAGCAACUCCCCCACAACGUCCACAGUCUUCAAAGCCUGCUACAUCCGAGAGGCGGGGUCGGUGCUGGCAAGGUACCCUGGAAACUACCCCUCUCCGCAGUUAA